GGCCCCGUGCAGGUCUCAGACUUCCUGCAAAGUCACAUCGGUGCAUUUCUGUUUCCUUGGUUGCUGUUGUAGAUGGAUGUUGGCGGCUUUUCUGUGAACAUCCUCUUGAGCAAAGUCGUGGGCGAAUUAGAGUCCAGGGAAAAGUUGGUCUCUGCAGCCGAAUAUGGAUUCUGCAUUUGAUGGUAUAUAGGUGUCACGCUGAGUCAGCCUGUCCACUUCCUAAGGCUUCCAGGAAGGAUCUGGAAAGUUCUAAGAACAGGUGAAAUUGGCUAUGGAUAAUCCAUGCGAUUUCAAUGAACAAGGCUCAUGGAAUGGAAUCUCAUCUGGGAAGAAAAAGAAUUUCUUUGCAUCAGAUGAUCACGGACAGAAAAUUUUAAGUGUACUACAGAGUUUUAGAGAACAGAAUGUCUUUUAUGAUUUCAAAAUAAUCAUGAAAGAAGAAAUAAUCCCAUGUCAUCGUUGUGUGUUGGCGGCAUGCAGUGACUUUUUCAGGGCGAUGUUUGAAGUAAACAUGAAAGAAAGAGAUGAUGGAAGUGUUACCAUCACUAACUUGUCCUCCAAAGCAGUAAAGGCAUUUCUUGACUAUGCUUACACCGGAGAAGCAAGAAUAACAGAUGAUAAUGUGGAAAUGUUUUUCCAGUUGUCAUCCUUUCUUCAGGUCCCCUUCUUGUCCAAAGCUUGCAGUGACUUCUUAAUAAAAAGCAUCAGUCUUGUCAAUUGUUUGCACUUGUUAUCUCUGUCAGACAGCUAUGGCUCUACCCAUUUGUUUAAUCAUGCUUUAUGCUUUGUACAGCAUCACUUUCAUUUGUUAUUUAAAUCCAGGGAGUUUUUAGAGAUGAAUUUUGGAGUGUUGGAAAAGUGCCUGGAGUCAGAUGAGUUAAAUGUGCCUGAAGAAGAAAUUGUCCUGAAAGUGGUCAUCACAUGGAUUAAAUACAACUUAGAGUCCAGGCAAAAGCAUCUGCCUCACUUGAUUACAAAAGUAAGGUUACAUCAUUUAUCUGAGGACACACUUCAAGACUAUCUGCUCAAUGAGGAGUGUUUACUCAAAAGCACAAACUGUUUUGACAUAAUCGUGGAUGCCAUUAAGUGUGUACAAUGUUCUAGUGGCCUCUUCCCUGAUGCUCGACCAUCCACAACUGAAAAAUAUAUAUUCAUCCAUAAAACUGAGGAAAAUGGAGAAAACCAAUAUACAUUUUGCUAUAAUAUUAAAACUGACUCAUGGAAAAUACUGCCACAGUCACAUCUUAUUGAUUUGCCAGGAUCUAGUCUGUCUAGCUAUGGAGAGAAAAUAUUCUUGACAGGUGGUUGUAAAGGGAAGUGCUGUAGAAAGGUUCGACUUCAUAUUGCUGAGUCUUACCAUGAUGCCACUGACCAGACCUGGUGCUACUGUCCAGUCAAAAAUGAGUUUUUCUUGGUUUCGACCAUGAAAACUCCUAGGACCAUGCAUACUUCAGUCAUGGCUCUCAAUAGAUUAUUUGUUAUAGGUGGAAAGACUAGAGGAUCCCAGGACAUUAAAAGUCUCUUAGAUGUUGAAUCUUAUGAUCCACUAUCCAAAGAGUGGACAUCAGUUAGCCCUUUACCCAGAGGCAUCUAUUACCCAGAAGCCACUGCAUGCCAGAAUGUCAUUUAUGUUCUUGGAUCCGAGGUAGAGAUUGCAGAUGCUUUUAACCCAUCACUUGAUUGUUUCUUUAAGUACAAUGCUACAACUGACCAGUGGUCUGAACUGGUAGCAGAAUUUGGGCAAUUCUUUCAUGCUACUCUAAUUAAAGCUGUCCCAGUAAAUUGUACCCUGUAUAUAUGUGAUCUUUCCACCUAUAAGGUGUAUAGUUUCUGUCCUGAUACUUGUGUAUGGAAAGGAGAAGGCUCUUUUGAAUGCGCAGGCUUUAAUGCUGGUGCAGUUGGGAUUGAGGAUAAGAUUUACAUAUUAGGUGGAGAUUAUGCACCUGAUGAGAUCACAGAUGAAGUACAGGUUUACCACAGCAGCAGGUCAGAGUGGGAAGAGGUGUCACCAAUGCCAAGAGCCUUAACUGAAUUUUACUGCCAAGUUAUUCAGUUCAACAAAUAUAGGGACCCAUGGUUUUCUAAUCAUUUCUAAAAGUAAUAUUUGCAUGAGUGAUCUAAAAUGAUGACUAGUAGAAUUAGUAAAAAAGUGUUUAUAUCAGCAUAAUAAAAUAUUCCUUCUAUUGAACAAUGACUGUAUAUGUAUGCUGUCUAUACGUAGACAGUUCCCAGAAAAUUAAAACACAAAAUACAUUUUACCAAAGUUGUAUUGAAUGUAAUUUAAUAUUGAAUGGUUCAGAAUGCUUAGUAUUGUCUUGUGUAAAUAAAAAUUAAAGGUUUUGGCAUUUUGA